AUGGGGCAACAAUCGCUGAUCUACGCCUUCGUGUCUCGAGGCACGGUGGUGUUAGCCGACUAUACCGAAUUCACUGGCAACUUCACCGGCAUAGCUUCUCAGUGUCUCCAGAAACUUCCUGUUUCCAACAACAGGUUCACUUACAGCUGCGAUGGCCACACCUUUAACUAUCUCGUCGAUAACGGCUUCACUUACUGUGUGGUUGCUGUUGAAUCAGCUGGCCGACAGGUUCCAAUUGCCUUUCUCGAGAGAAUUAAGGAGGAUUUUACCAAGAGAUAUGGUGGAGGAAAAGCUGCAACUGCUCCUGCAAACAGCCUGAGCAAGGAGUUUGGGCCAAAAUUGAAGGAGCACAUGCAGUAUUGCAUUGAUCAUCCAGAGGAGAUUAGUCAAAUUGCCAAAGUGAAAGCUCAAGUUUCAGAAGUCAAAGGAGUUAUGAUGGAAAACAUUGAGAAGGUCUUGGACCGUGGUGAGAAAAUUGAGCUUCUGGUGGAUAAAACAGAAAAUCUUCACUCUCAGGCACAAGAUUUCAGGCAGCAGGGAACCAAAAUGAGGAGAAAGAUGUGGUUGCAAAAUAUGAAGAUAAAACUGAUAGUUCUUGGAAUCUUGAUUGCCUUGAUUCUCAUCAUUGUACUCUCUGUUUGCGGUGGCUUCAAAUGUUGAAGCAUUGCUCUUCUCCAAUAAUCCUAUUGCCACUCAUGGAUUGGUUGUUCUUGCAGUCACAAUUAAUAUUGAUGCUCUUCCUGAUUAUAGAUUUUUUUUAUUACACUUUGCUUUUCAGCUGUAGCCUAUAUAAGAAGAUUGUGUGCAUGUAUAGUUUGUAUUUGGAUUCUUUUGAUGGCACUAAGUUUGUUGAU